CCCAAACAGGAAGUAGACGGCACCGUAAUUUUUGCUUUUAGCAAGACAGCUAGUAGCUUCACUGGCAACUGUUUGUUGGUUCCAGCACGGAAUCGUCAUUAUACUGAUCAAUAAUGUCUCAAGAUCCUUGGAUACAGAACUAUGAUGCCACAUGCCGCCUGGCUCAGGAAAUUGCUGAAAAUAUUCAUGAGCGCAACAGACAACAGAGGACUGGAGGGAACACAGCCAAGAUUAACAUGACUCUGCGAGCGUCCUUACAGAAGCUGAAGCAGAACAUAACGCAGCUGAGGGAGACUCUCAUCCGGGCCUCAUCCCAGCGUCGCAUUAUUCAGUCCGAAGCAGACAGAAGACAGAGCCUACUGGACAGCCUGGUGACCAAGGAGAGGCAACUUCUGGCCACAUUCAAAGGAGAGAUCUCGGAGGCUGAGCCUGCCAGGACAACGCUGAUGUCCAGUGGGGGUGGGCAAGGCGGAGUGGUGAAUCCAUGGCUCGUCGACGAGACUGAAGAAACACGUGGACUCAACUUUGGGGAGAUCAAACAGCAGCAGCAGCAAAUCAUCGAAGCCCAAGACGCAGGUCUGGACGCCCUGGCAGCCGUCAUCAGCCGACAGAAACAGAUGGGCCAGGAGAUCGGCAACGAGCUGGACGAGCAGAAUGAGAUCAUCGACGACAUCACAAACCUGGUGGACAAGACCGACGGCAGGAUCCGCAGUGAGACGCGGAGGGUUAAGCUGGUGGAGACCAAGUCGGCUUCCUGCGGUAUGAUGGUGGUGAUCGUGCUGCUGCUGAUCGCUAUAAUCAUGGUGGCUGUGUGGCCCACCAGCUAAUGAAGAGGUCACGGAAGACCACUGGAUGUCUUUUUGUUUUACCGCCGCAACAUCAAUCAGCAAGGAUAGCAGGAGUUUUGGGCUUGUAUGGGUCGACUUCUGUACAGAGGCCCAGUCCUACUUCCCUCGUCUACUCUUCCUUCGUACUGUACAAACUCGUUGCCCUUCAUUUGCCCUCCUUGUGAAAAUGAAGGAAAAGUGCUGCUGGCCAACCCUGAUGCCAAGGAGUGGGGGGACUGUGCGAGAUGCCAACGCAGCAAGGUUUUGAUUCCUUAAACGGCUGUUGUUUGGUUUUGAGGGCGGCAGCAGCCCUUGCGACUGCCCAAGCAAUACAAUACCCUCACCACUUCUGUCUGAGAGCACAGGUUGGUAAUUCCACUUGCUUAGCAAUACUGGUCUCAUGUGGUAUGCCAUGUUAAAUCGUUUGUCCUGAAAUUUUAUAAUGUUUUUGGAGAAACAUCCAAAACAAACCUAGGCGUUUUGUUGCUAACCAGACUGUUUCACUUUCUGUAAAUCAAUUUAGCUUGGUGGUUCUAAUUUCUAAUAAACACAUUUUACAGUUACUCUAA